AUGAGUCAAGCUCUACUAUGGAUAAGUGGUCAGUGCGGAUCAAGGCGGCCGGACUGUAGGCCGGGCCUUCUUUCUAACGAGGGCCCCUGGGCCGGGGGCUCAGUUCUGCCCCCUCUGCUAGCCGGGGAUAAGUGGGCGCCGGUACCGGGAGCCUCGGGCCCCGCUCCCUGCCGUGGCCAUGGGUUGUGGCGCCAGCCGCCCGCGCCGGCCCGGGUCGAGCGGGAGAGUCAAGGCCAAGGCCGCCCCGGAGUCUCUAAGGAUGCAGGUGGCCCGCCUCCGCGCCAAGUUCGACCCCGGGUCCUCCCCAGAUAUGAUAUCAAGGCUCUUAUCAGGACAGGCAGUUUCAGCAAGUUUGUCAGAAUGGAGCAGAAGACCACCAAGAAACCUUUUGCAAUAAAAGUGAUGGAAACCAGAAUGAGAGAAGGCAGAGAGGCGUGUGAAUCUGAGUUCUCCAUCCUGCGGUGGGUUAGCUAUCAUUACAUGGUCCAGCUCCUGGAGAUCUAUGAGAUCCAAGAUCAAGUUUACAUGGUGAUGGAGCUGGCUACAGGAGGGGAAUUCUUUGAUGGACUCAUCUCUCAGGGAUACUUUACAGAGCAGGAUGCUGUCAGAAUCCUCCACAUGGUUGGUGAUGGCAUGAGGUAUUUGAACGCAUUGAAAAUAACUCACAGGGACCUAAAGCCCGAAAAUCUCUUAUGUCAUCACCCAGGUGCAGAGUCAAAAUUUUUUAUCACAGAUUUUGGGUUGGCAACUCGGAACAAAAGUGGUGACUGUACAGUGAGUAUGCUCUGUGGGACCCCAGAAUAAAUAGCCUCCGAGAUUUUGCUAAGGAAACCUUACACUAGUGCAGUUGACAUGUGGGCUUUUAAGGCCUAAUCACAUGUUUUACUUCAUAGAUUCCUGCCUUUUGAUGGUGAAAGCCAUAUGAGAAUUUACAGGACGAUUCUGAAAGGCAAAUAUAAUUACAGAGGAGAUGGAAGCUGCAGUCAAGUGGAUUUGCUCAAACUUGGGAAGUCGUGUCGCACAGGUGAAGCAAUCUGGAAAUCUCCCUGGAAUUCUCACCCUGUCUGUGGAUUCAUGUUGGCAGAAAAUGCAGGAUUUGUGCCUCUCAGGCAGUCUCCUCCUAUGAUUCUGCCUCCCAUCUCUGGUGAUAUGACUGCUCAGUUUGGGCAACACCCACUUUGUGAGCCCUGGAAUGUGGCCCUUGCAGCUGCCAGGCUUGAAGCCUGUAUGGAGGAGGAGGCCACAAACGAGGUCCUGAAAGAUGAGUGGAGGCUUGCAACCCGGCAAAAAGAAGGAAGGGAAUUCCAGGAAGAAGAAAUCUGA